AUGAUUGAUCUGAACGUUCCCCGAGAGAGUUUCAAGCACAUCGUGAAGGCGUGCGAGUGUCCCCUGUACUGGAAGAUGCCCCUCUUCCUGGCCACCCAGCAGAGCCUGCACGCGUCAGUUGACGGACACAAGUUCAUUGACUUUUGGAGAGAGAUGACUGCCCAGUGCCACGACCAGGCCUCCCGCUUCGUAUACAUCCUCACCCGAGGGAAAAGCAACUCACUGGCCCCAGAGGACUUUGUCCCUCUGGUCCAGGACGUCGUGGACACCCACCCUGGGCUCUCCUUCCUCAAGGAAGCCACGGAGUUCCACUCCAGAUAUGUGCAUACUAAAUGCAAACAAAAGAAAGGAAGCUUGAAAUAG